AUGUUUGAGAUAUCUGGAAACCUGCACAUUUCUCUAGUGGAUAUCACAUCGAUUCAUGGAUCUUUAGAUAAUACUAUCCAUCUCACCACUGUGAUCAGUUCCAAUGAUAUAGUCCAACAUAUCCCAUAUUCUGAACUGUCAAAAUUCCAUGUCAUUCUAAAGUCAUGCAGCCCAGAUCCCCCUCCUUUCAUUUACAAUCCUGAAACCCAAAUCUUUUUCACUGGAUACCUUACUGCUAGUACUUUUGGUGGUUACCCCGAGGUUACGGUUGGCGAAGGAAAGUGGGUGUUACACCAAGGCCAAAGCUUUGAAUUGGUCGAGGAAUUUCACAAGGCUCGCGUCUGGGGAUCUGGAUAUGUGGUAAAGGUUAAUUACAAUUGGACUGCUUGUCAACAAAGCUAUGUGACUGUUCAGGACGCAUUACCAAAGAAGGGGGCCUCGAUCCGACUUCUUGCCUGGGACUCUGAACUUUUGGGGAAAAUGUGUCAGCUUCAACGUGGGGACUGGAUCAAGUUUGGUGGUAAGGCUGGGAUUGAAUCCUAUAAGGAUGCUCACAUUGUGGAAACAACACCUCGAAGUUUUAGGACGCUCAAUAUCAACCAGAUAUUUCCUCAGGUCAAAUCCCAAAAAAAUUCAACAGUUAAACGUAGACGAUUGGGCACUGGUGAAGUUACCAAAGAGAAGGAACGGAAAAAAGAGAUCAUUUCAUUCAGCCUUGGACAGAUUUAA